CCGACGGUCCAUGAAGGCAUCCCGACGGAGCACUUCCGACGCAUAGUGGGUGUGGUUACGCCAGCGUCACAGGAUUAUGUUGCUAGGCUGUUAGCUGCAGCUCUGAGGCUCCAGCUCAGCCGCGGGGUUUCCUCUUUAAAUCUCACAUUUGUACAAACACUCUGGCGUCUUCAGGUCGACAGAGGUUUGCACGUGUCGAUUUAUUAUUUUAAACAUUUCAACUCCGCUCGGUUUGGUGCAAACUCCGCGUCGGAGGGAAACUCGAGGAGCCGCAUCUGGGCGCAAAGUCUUCGCUCGCUAGCAUCCUCGUAGCCGGAGGUGUCAACAGGUCGCAGCUGCAGCAGCGGCUCGCUCACUGCGGGAGGGAUUCAUGCUCCGGGUCAGUGCAAGCGACGUUAAAUGAAAGAGAGACUGCGUUAAACUCCAGGAUGGAGAAAGUCUACUCCCGGGAUUAGUUCAGAGAUGUGAUGGCACAGAGCUGCAGCAGGAGACAGGCGACUCUUUCUCUGUGAAGGAAAAUGCUGACAAGUCAUAAACAAUGACCAUGACCUGGAUGGACACAAAAUGGUGAACGUUUUCCCUUUUACUCCCCCUUUCUCAUGAGACCAGCAGGAAGAUAUGGGCGUCUUAAGACUGGUAUUCAGAAUCAUGGGUAGGAUCAGUACGUUCAGGUCCUAUCAGUUCGUGCUUCUCCUGGCUGCUGCUCUCGCCGUCGUAGCUUUUUACUACUUUGGCUCUGAGAGGCAGAACUUCUCCAGCACCACAAAGAGGAUCAAGCAGAGUCAGGCCAGCCACAACACCAACAGAAACGAUGCAGACCUGACUGUGGACACCAGGCUCUCGCAUACGACAGGGUCUGAGGAGCAGGGAGAUGCAGGAGGAGAGAGUGAGGAUAUCAGGUCAAAGACAGGGCCCAGUGAAGCUGCUGACCAACGCUACCACGCACUCAUGAUGUUCACCAAGGUCGACAAGAGCCGCAGCCUGCAGGACAAGUUCCGGGUGGCCAUGUUGUCUAUGGUGGCGCACGGACACUUUCUGGAGGGAGAGGUGUUGGUGCUUCAUUUUGUGAGCGACCCGGCCAGCAAAGAACUGGGAGAGAAGAUGCUGCAAGAAUUUCUCCUUGACGCAACGUUUAAGUACGAGGUGUUGUUUCAUGACGUGGUGGCUCUCACACAGAAGCUCUUCCCUAUCGUGGAGGCCAUGCAGAAGCACUUCAGUGCCGGCUCCGGAGCUUACUACAGCGAUGCCAUCUUCUUCCUGUCCGUGGCCAUGCAUCAUAUCAUGCCUGACAGUCAGACGCGCAUAGUGCAGCUGGACCUGGAUCUGAAGUACCGGACCAACAUCAGAGACCUCUUCCAAGAAUUUGAUCGGUUUCCUCCUGGAGCCGUAAUAGGCAUCACUAGGGAGAUGCAACCAGUCUACAGACACACCUUCUGGCAGUACCGUAAGGAGAACCCGCAGACCAGAGUUGGCGACCCUCCUCCUGACGGCCUCCCGGGCUUCAACAGUGGCGUGAUGUUAUUGGACCUGGGAGCGAUGAGGGCCUCAGCUCUCUACAACCAGCUGUUAGAGCCCAGUAAUGUGGCCAAACUGGCCGACCAGUAUCGCUUCAGGGGCCACCUCGGUGACCAGGACUUCUUCACCAUGAUCGGCAUGGAGCACCCUGAACUGUUUUAUUCCCUGACCUGUGGCUGGAACAGACAGCUGUGCACCUGGUGGAGGGACCACGGUUACGGAGACGUGUUUCAACUGUAUUAUCGCUGUGAAGGACCUGUUUACAUCUACCAUGGUAACUGUAACUCCCCCAUUCCAGAUGACUGAUCUCUGUGCUGCACUGCUGCUGGAAGAGACACCUUUUCCUGCUUGUUGGGAGUAAAUAUCGUGACUUAUUCUUUUCCUUUCCUGACCGCGCGCCUGUAGCCACAGACUCUGCCUCCUGCUGGUCAAGGGGCUGGUGAAGCUCACACUUACUACAAGUAUGGCGUUCAUCUGUGUCAACGGCUUUGGAGUUGCAGCAAAGCAGAGGGCUGCACUUACCUGUGGUACAAAGAUGAAGAAAUAUAAUCUGUGAAUUUGAGUUUCAGUCACAGAUCCAUUGACAGGAAGACGUAUCAGUUACUGGAAUAUCUGUGACGGGCUAAAGAUGCACUUUGCAGGGUAUUUCAUUGUGGUUGUCAGAGCGAGCUGCAUUGGCAAUGUGUCAGUGUUGCCCUCAUUCAAAUGAUGGUGGAGUCAUCGUCGAAUUUCCUGUUGUUUUAAUUGCUUUCAUUAAAUUGGUGCUUUGGUUGAGAAAAGUCUAAAAGACAACUAUCCUUUAGAUUAGAUCAAUGAAAUAAAGAAUCAACUAUUUUGUAGUUUUAUUCAAUUAAAUGUGAUCAUUAUUAAAUGAUCAUUUGCUGUAGUGUCUCAAUUGUGAGUAUUUAAUACUGAAUAAAACAAGACGUUACCUUGGGCUCUAGAAUAUUCAACUUUCACACAGUUUUCUGAUAUAUUGUAGACAAAAUAAUUCACCAAUAAAUCAAGAAAAUAAUCAGAGGAUUAAAUACAUGAUGAAAAUUAUUUUCAGCUGUCGCCCUAAUUGCCAACAAAUGUUGAAAUAUUAGUAUGAAAUAUAAUCUGCAAAUGUGUCAGUCGCCACCUACAAACAGGAGGCCUCUACUUUUUUUCCAUUUUCCUUCCAUGUGUGGGACGAGUUCAGCCUGAGUCACUUUAUCUUCCUGCAACACCAGGUGGGGGCUAAUCUGGU